AUGGGCAUUCUCCAAAAACUCUUCCAUGCUGAAGAAACUAUCCAGGGCUCCAAGUUCAGGGCCGUUUUCGUCGGGCUCUUCGUGGCCUUUGGCGGUAUUUUAUUCGGCUACGACACCGGUACUAUUUCUGGUGUGCUGGCAAUGGACUACGUCAAAGAACAUUUCACUUCCCGCGGUCACUUUACAGCCAACGAAACUUCACUCAUCACAGCAAUUCUCUCAGCAGGCACCUUUUGUGGUGCCAUCCUCGCCCCACUCGCUUCUGAUACCUUGGGCCGCAGACUCGGCCUCAUCAUCUCCAGUAUCAUUUUCACGAUCGGUGUCGUUUUACAGAUAGCAGCUUCCGGACAAGACCUGCUAAUUGCUGGAAGAGUAAUUGCCGGUGCUGGUGUUGGUAUUCUUUCCGCUAUCGUCCCACUAUACCAAGCAGAAGCCUCUCCCAAAUGGAUCAGAGGCGCGGUCACUUCCUGUUACCAAUGGGCUAUCACCAUUGGUCUUUUGCUAGCUGCCUGUGUCAAUCAGGGCACCCACGCCAGAACUGACUCUGGAUCCUACAGAAUCCCAAUUGCCAUUCAGCUAUUAUGGGCGAUCAUUUUGUUCGUUGGGAUGCUCAUUCUACCCGAAUCGCCAAGAUUUUACGUCAUGAAAGGAAAAGUUCCACAAGCUAGCAAAGCACUAUCGAAAUUGAGAGGCCUUCCCGAGGAUCAUGAAUUCGUCGCUUCUGAACUCGAAGAAAUUGUUGCCAACUACAAUUACGAGUGUUCGUUCGGAUCUUCUUCGAUUCUCGACUGCUUCAAGCCCGCCAACCACCAAUUGAAGCGUAUUCUCACCGGAAUCGCCAUCCAAGGUCUCCAACAGUUGACUGGUAUCAACUUUAUUUUCUACUACGGCACCCAAUUUUUCCAAAACUCUGGCAUCAAGGAUCCCUUCAUCAUUCAACUAAUCAUGAAUGUCGUCAAUGUUGUUAUGACUGUCCCAGGUAUUGCAUUGGUCGAGAUUGCCGGCAGAAGAAACUUGCUUCUAUGGGGUGCCGUCGGUAUGUGUGUCAGUGAGUUGAUCGUUGCUGCUGUAGGCACGGCACUUCCAGACAGUUUCUCCGCCAACAAGACGCUAAUUGCAUUUUCCUGUACUUUUAUUGCAUCUUUCGCAGCAACCUGGGGUCCACUGGCCUGGGUGGUCGUGGGCGAAAUUUUCCCUCUCAGAGUGAGAGCCAAGUCUGUUGCCGUAUGUGCCGCUUCAAAUUGGUUGUUCAACUUUGCCAUCGCAUAUGCGACGCCAUACUUGGUCGACAGCGAGCAUGCCAACCUACAAUCCAAAGUGUUCUUUAUCUGGGGUGGUUGCACUUUCUUGUGCUUCGUGUUCGUCUACUUCUUCAUUUAUGAGACCAAAGGGCUUACUUUGGAACAGAUCGACGAACUAUUCGAAACUUGUCCAAGCGCUCGCCACUCCAAGGCCUUUGUGCCAUCCGAAGGCUUCGCUGCACAUGAAGCUAACCUAUCUGAUACCGACAAGGCGCUUGUCGUGGCGAUCGAGAAGGUAUAG